AGAAAUCGCAUAUAUCGUGUCGUGUGCUAGCUAGCUCCGUUGAGGUGACACGGGCCACACCCACCACCACUCCAUGGCCAUACCAUAACAACUCCCUCUCUCCUCCGUCUCAAUCACUUGCAGUUCGGCCGCGCUCUUAUCUUACGAGGUGUAUAGCUGGACCAGCCGAUUGAUCAAUCCAGGGAACACAGGGAGCAGGUCCAUCAUGGUCAUGGCUUAGCCGAUUGUUGAUAUAUCAUGGGCUAGAUCGUCCGUCGUCCCCGAUCAGUUGCGGUUGCGCCAUCUUCUGCUGAUCUGCUGCUCUUUCUUCAACUACGUCGGAAGGAGCUUUUUCAUCAUGUUAAGAAAGAUUACUCCAUUUCGGAGUAUUGCUGCAACAGACGUCGAUGGCGCUAGAGAAGAAGUACUUGAUAUUGUUCAGAAAAACAUUGACCAGAAUAUCAUUUAUUUUGAUGGCUGGAGUGGUUUUGGGGCAGCGGCAGUGCUUAGAUCCAUAGCACAAGCAGUUCCAGCAAUGAAAGCUCCUCCCCCAGAAUUACAGUUUGGUAGAACAAUUUACAUAGAUUGUUCGACCUGGAUAAGCAAAAGGGUGAUGCAGAGAAGAAUUGCAGAGCAGCUAAAACUUGACCGUGCCACCAUGGCCUUGUUUGACAAGCAGGAUGAGGAGGAUGACAUCGAUGGGGUGGACCAAGGCUCCAGGGAUGUGAUAUGGAAGGUUGCUGCAAUAAUUGACCAAACCCUGAGAGAAAGUAGAUUUCUGAUGAUUUUUCUUAAUGGAAGUGACGAGGAGGUUUUCUUAAGCCAGUUUGGUAUUCCAGAAUAUCACUGCAUAAUAAUAUGGGCUUUUAGAAGAUGUCUUUUUACCAUUCAUGACCCCAGCAAGAUACUAGAUAAGUCAAGAUAUGUACGUCUUUUCAUUACCUGCAACUACUGGGCCAUCAAUUUGACAAGUUCACAGAUUUAUGCAGUGUUUCGUGAAGAGACUGAUAGCAUAGUUGCAUGCUACCCAUGUAUGUGGGACAUCGACCCAACAGUGGUUACAGUUUGUUGUCUCUACAGAUUACUAAUGCAGCACAUUUUCCAGAGCAAGACUAUAUUUGCUUGGACUUCAGCUCAUGCUCCCAAGUAUUGGAUGUGUGAUGGCAUCAUUCAAGGGAGUAGAGCAAAGGAGAUAAGUAAUGUGUUGCAGAAAGAAAUAAGUUUUUCUGAGUGUGAUGCCUAUAGACACAAGGUGGUGUGUGACAAAUUCAAGGAAGAUCCGAAGAAUCCUUUAGUGGUGGUUACAGAUGACAAUAUGCCUUUCAGAAAGGGGUCUCCCCGUUGGGUUUCCAUCACCUUGAAAUACAAGAAACUACAGGAGGAUACAAAAACUCUACUGGCAAGGGCAUCAUCCAUCUUCAUACAAUUUCAAGAAACUAAUAGCUCGUCUGGAUUACCAAAUGGCUUGUUUCAAGGUUGCAACAACCUUGCAGUGCUUACUCUGUCUUAUUGUUCCUUCAGUUUUGCAUCACCUCCUUUCCUCCACUGUGAAAAAUUAAGAUUCCUUGGAUUAGACCACUGCACAGAUCUCAAUAAGACUAAGCUUGAAGAACAGAACUGCAUCACCAAUUGGACAUGUCUGCAUAGCCUGUGUGUGCUUGACCUACACUACACAUGUUGGGAAGAGAUUUUAUCGGAGGAAAAGGUGGAUCUUAUGGCCAACAUAUUGGAGCUAAACAUAGAGGGAGUCAGGGGUUGGCAGUACACGAACAAAUUACAGAAAAGGCUGCCUUACCUUCAAAGGCUCCGAAUUAUCAAACCUCCAUGUCAAGCCAACAAGACAUCAAUGGACAUCAACGAGUCAUUUAGAGACAAGACAAAGCUAGAAAUACUUGAUUUUUCUGGUAACAGUGACAUGGAAAACCUACCAACAAGCCUGUCAAUGGCAAGAAAACUUGAGGCGCUUGUUCUUGAUGGUUGUUGUGGGCUAGAAAAUGUUGUGCUGGCUAACUCCUCUCUGAGGUCAUUCAGUUUUGAUGCUUAUGGAGCAGCAUCCCAAUGGACAUCAGCCACUGAGCUACUAGCUCCAGAAAGUUCUCGCCCAAAGUGUUCAUCUGCUAAUGUAGAUAAGAAGGAUGUCAAAACCUCCAAGAUAUCCCUGGAAGGGUGCGCACAGUUGGAAAAUUUGUUUUUGCGUGAGCUACCCAAUCUAGUGGAGCUAGACCUUUCAGGAUGUGUAAUCAAGGUAUUUGACUUCAAAACUAUGGUGGUGGAUGUUCCAAAUCUCAAAAGACUCUUUCUAUUGGGUUGUGAGCACCUUUGUUCAAUAAGGUGGGGCUCAUUUGCAGAUGUGCAAGCACAGAAGCUGGAGUUGCUCUGUAUAGACACACGGCCAUGUCUUGGGAAGGUACUUCGGCCAUCAAUUGUGCAGCAUAAAUUCCGGUUGCAAGUCCAUGCUAUUAUUGCGGAUGCUAGGUUUGCUCGGUCAUUGGCAUCUCUGAUACUUGGUACACUGCCAAUGGCCGGUGCUUACUGUUUUAAUAUCAGCAUCACCUCUCCAAGUGUCUCUGCGGGGGUUGCUCAACCUGAAGAACCCAACAGUGGAAAUAUUGUUGUAGCGGCAGCGGCACCCUAUGGUGAUAUCUGCAAUGAGGUUGGCCCGGUGUGGGACUUCCCACAGCCUCCAACAUCACAGUUGGACCGUCAUAUUGAGAUUGGUGAUGGGAGCUGUGGUGUGGAGAGUGAAUUGCAAUUGCAUAGAUAUUAUUCGUUACCUUCUGUGAUGAGAGAGUUUGCCCAGUCCUUGCAUGUGCAUGAUUCUUCUAUUAGAGGCCAUGCCAUGCCUGCAGGUUCUAUGGAGCGCCUUAGGUGGUGCCGAGUGGAGAGGUGCCCCAACUUGGACACUGUCUUUCCUCGUGGUGGAUAUGCCUAUGAAAUGGUAGGUUGCCCUUAUCUGGAGAUCAUCUGGGCAUCACAUCUCUUGAUGGGCCGUUGCAUUUGGAUGAAAGGCUCCAGCUAUGGUUACGACUUCACAAGUCUGCAACAUCUGCACCUUCAUUCAUGCCCAAGCCUGGAGUACGCGCUUCCAGUAUGCAAGGGUAGCUCCUUCCCCAGCUUGAAGACCCUCUACAUCAUCCGCUGCGGCGGCCUCGUGCACGUAUUUGUGCAAACCAGCAAGGAGCAUCCUCCUAGCAGCAGCGUCGAGUUCCCGAAGCUGACCACGAUCCACCUGCACGACCUGCCGUCGCUGCAGCAGGUAUGCGAGGCCGCCGAGACACAGGCGCCCGCACUGGAGAGCACAAGGAUCAGGGGAUGCUGGAGCUUGUGCCGGCUGCCGGCCUUGAUGGGCCGCGAGCCAGGCAUGAGGAGGCCGGCGGUGGAGAUAGAGAAGGACGUGUGGGACGCUCUGGAGUGGGGCGGCGUGGACUCGGGGCACCACCCUUCCCUCUACGAGGCGCCCGUGCAGUCGCGGCACUACAAGAGGCCCAUGCCCAGGGGCACCGUUCUCAGGUGA